CAGGCUCGCUCGCCUGGUGGUCCCUGACACCGACGCCAUGUACCCCACUAGCCCACCGGACGGCCCGGCCCUGCACCCGGUCCCUCAUCGCGCUCGUCUUUCCCCGCCCCGGCGCCUUGCCGAGCCUCCGCGACCGCCGGCUCCCGGCCAGGGUCCUACGGCGCGCCAGCCACCCACCGCGUCCGGGUCGCGGCCCCGCGUGGCAGUAAAAAUGACUUUCCGCAAGGCCUACUCCAUCAAAGACAAGCUUCAGGCCAUCGAGCGCGUCAAGGGUGGUGAGCGGCAAGCCAGCGUGUGCCGCGACUUCGGCGUACCGGGCGGCACUCUGCGCGGCUGGCUCAAGGACGAGCCCAAGCUGCGUUGGUUUCUGGACCAGCUUGGUGGAGAGGUGGGGACGCAGCGCAAGAAGAUGCGUCUAGCCAACGAGGAGGAGAUCGACCGCGCCGUCUAUUCGUGGUUCCUCACCUUGCGCCAGCACGGCGUGCCGCUGUCCGGUCCUGUUAUCCAAGCACAGGCCGAGGCCUUUGCUCGCCAGAUCUAUGGCCCCGAGUGUACCUUCAAGGCUAGCCACGGGUGGUUCUGGCGCUGGCAGAAGCGCCACGGCAUCUCCAGCCAGCGCAUCUAUGGCGAGGCUGAACCACCUGUUUCAGGCCCUGCUCCUGUCAAAGAAGAACCCGCACAGCCACCGGGCACAGUUCUCCUACCUGACCAUGCGCUGGCCACUCUACCCCACUCCGAGGGCGGCUAUGGUGACGAGCAGAUCUACAACGCAAACGUUACUGGUCUCUACUGGAGGUUACUUCCUGAGCAGGCAGCAACUCAGGGCGCAGGGAACUCCACUGGGCCUGGUGGGUGCAGCCGGGGCUGGCCCGGUGACCGAGUGACAGUACUGUUGGCCGCCAACCUGACGGGCAGCCACAAAUUGAAGCCACUAGUUAUUGGGCAGCUUCCUGACCCACCCAGCUUGCGUCACCACAACCAGGACAAGUUCCCGGCCUCCUACCGCUACAGUCCGGAUGCCUGGCUCAGUCGCCCUCUUCUUCAGGGCUGGUUCUUUGAGGAAUUCGUCCCUGGUGUCAAGCGCUACCUGAGACGAAGCUGCCUACAACAGAAGGCAGUGUUGCUGGUGGCCCAUCCACCUUGUCCAAGCCGGGCCGCUAGGAUGCCUGCUCUGGAGGAGAGUGAGGAGACUCCUAGGCAGUGCCAGCCUGAGCUCUUUGGGUCCCCAGAGAUGCUGCAGACACCUGAUGGUGCAGUUCGAGUGCUUUUCUUGUCCAAGGGCAACAGCAGAGCACACAUCCCUGCACCACUGGAGCAUGGUGUGGUGGCAGCCUUCAAACAUUUGUACAAACGAGAGCUGCUGAGGCUUGCUGUGUCUUGUGCCAGUGGCUCCCCACUGGACUUUAUGAGAAGCUUCAUGCUCAAGGAUAUGUUAUACCUGGCUGGCCUCUCUUGGGACCUGGUCCAGGCAGGCAGCAUAGAGCGCUGCUGGCUACUGGGUCUUCGGGCAGCCUUUGAGUCUGGGCAGCAGCCAGCCCACCAGGUAGAGGAGGCUGCUGAACAUAGCAGGAUGCUCAGUGACCUCACACAUCUGGCAACUCUGGUUUACAAGCGCCUGGCACCUGAAGAGGUGGCAGAGUGGCUGCACCUGGACGAUGAUGGAAGUCUCCCUGAGGGCUGCAGAGAGGAGGUGGUCCCUGUAGCUCCUCCAUCCCCAGCCAGCCUGCCCUCUAGCAUGGGGGCUGGAGAGGAGGAGGAAGAGGCCACUGAGCAAGGAGGAAUGUUGGUACCUACUGCUGGGGAAGCUGUUUGGGGUCUCGAGACAGCUCUGAGGUGGCUGGAGAGCCAGGAUCCUAGAGAAGUGGAGCCGCUGAGGCUAGUGCAGCUACGUUCCCUCAUUACCAUGGCACGAAGGCUUGGGGGUGUUGGGCCCUCACCAGUAGCUUCUCAUGACAGUGUGUGACUGCCAUGGCCCACUGGGAGAGAGGGGCAUAUCCAGUCUGCCAUCUUCCACCUUUUCUCCCAACACAAUGUGGAGUUCUGUUGGUAAAGGAUGUCCUGCCCAAUGAUCCACAACAUCUUGGGGAAAGGGCUCAAAGAAGCAAAUGCUCUUUGCUGAAUAGGCACAUGUGGGCACAUAAGCACAGCACCUACUGGAGAACAGUUGAUUGUACCUCCAUUCUGGCCCCUAUGGGGUUUAUCCCUACCCCUUCCCCCAUGUGCACUGGAUGAGGCUGCUGCUUCUGUUUCACCCACCUCCCUGGUGCUGCCUGGCCUCAUCUCAGUGGGGAAGCACUUGGUUUUGUUUUAAAAACAAACAAAAAUACAUUAAACCUGUUUUAAAAGA